AUGUUCGACAUCCUAGAGGCAGACCUUGUCGUCUUUCAGGAAACCAAGAUCCAGAGAAAGGACCUCAACGAUGACAUAGUCCUGGUUCCAGGGUGGGAUUGUUAUUUCAGUCUCCCCCGAGUCAAGAAGGCGGGCACAGGGUACUCGGGCGUGGUCAUAUACACGCGCAACGCGACAUGCAGUCCCAUUCGCGCCGAGGAGGGCAUCACGGGCGUGCUUUGUCCGCCCAACUCCUCAGUGUCGUUCCGGGAUCUUCCUGCCGAGCAGCAGAUUGGAGGAUAUCCAACUUCUGAGCAGCUUGCACGACCAAUCAUUCUGUCCGAAGACUCGGAUCCAGACGAGCAGCAAGGCAAUGAAGAACCCACAGCCGAUACUGAGAUUGAUGCCACCACUCUCGACUCGGAAGGACGCUGUGUCAUCCUCGAGUUCCCGGCCUUUGUUCUGAUCGGAGUGUAUUGUCCAGCAAACCGGGAUGAAAGCCGCCACUGCUUUCGCAUCAGCUUUCUCAAUGCGCUGGAUGCUCGCAUUCGAAAUCUUGUUGCGCUGGGGAAACGGGUGGUCGUGACGGGCGACAUCAACAUCUCCCGGGGGGCGAUUGACGCAGCGCAUGCGCUGGAAGCCAUUCGAAAGAACCAGACGUCUGAGGCUGACUUUAUAUCUACUCCGCCGCGGCGUCUGUUCAACCAGUUACUGUCUGACGGGGUAGUUAUCGGCGAACGGGAACAAGGUAGAGAACGGCCGGUGUUGCAUGAUCUCUGCAGGAAGUUUCACCCCGAUCGUGCGGGAAUGUAUACCUGCUGGGAACAGAGGAUCAAUGCUCGGCCCGGAAACUACGGGUCUCGGAUCGACUAUGUUCUUUGCAGCGAGGGGAUGCAGGAGUGGUUCGCGGAUUCGAAUAUCCAGGAAGGCCUCAUGGUAUGUGUUGGUACCUGCCUGUCUCUUGCACACUUACUAAUUGAUGCGCAGGGAUCUGACCAUUGUCCCGUCUAUGCCGUUCUCAAAGACAUCGUGUCCCAUGAUGGCGAGCCCGUCCAUAUCCGUGACCUGAUGAACCCGCCAGGCGCUUUCAAAGGCGGCGAGCGUCAGCAAGAAUAUUCGGCCAAGUUCAUGCUCCCGACGUCUGGCCGUCUGCUCCCAGAGUUUGACGUUGAUAAACGGAGGAGCAUCAAGGAUAUGUUUGCCCGUAAGCCUCCCAGCACUCUGGCAAGAUCCACAAGCAACCUGCAGAGGACUCCUUCCGUUCAUGAAACAGAACCACCUGCUGCACCAUUAUCCACACCUUCCGAGACAGACAGCGCUCCUCCUCUGGCAGAGAGCCCAGCUGCAAAACCUAUUCCUCGCAAGCGCUCACAGCCUGCCCCCAUUCCGUCCGCCAAACGUUCCAAAUCCACCUCAACACCCUCCUCCUCUGCCGCUGGACAAAAAACACUAAAGGGCUUCUUCAAGCCGAAGAGCCUCGGAAGCGGCGAAACUUCGCAUUCUCCUCCAAAGACCUCAGGCGCAGCUACAGCACAACCCAACGUGACAUCCCUCGCCUCGCCUUCGAAGACCAUGGUUCCCAGUCCAUCCAAGCAGCCACCCUCAGGGCCACACACAACCGGCCCUACGGGGCAAGAAGAAUCCCCGAUUACGCCAGGCAAACUGCCAGAUAGCGACACGGUCAUCGACCCGAUCGUCAGCAAGGAAGACUGGAGCAAGCUCUUCACGCGCAAACCGGUGCCCCGAUGCGAGGGCCACCAGGAGCCGUGCAUCAGCAUGAAAACCAAGAAGCCCGGCAUCAACUGCGGCCGGGCGUUCUGGAUCUGUGCGCGGCCGCUCGGCCCCAGCGGGAACAAGGAGAAGGGCACGCAGUGGCGCUGUCCGACGUUUAUCUGGGCGAGCGAUUGGAACUCGUCGGCGCAGGAACAUUGA